ACUGUCUACUGUGUCAGGAGCGACUGACGGGUUCACCGCGGUAAAAUGAUUCAAUCUAAUCAGUCCAUCUUCUGCUGCUGCUGUUGUGCUCUUCAGACCAGAACCAGCACGCGUGUGGAUGUGACCGACGGCAGAUAUCCAGGAUCCUUCUACAUGUCUCAGCUGUCAAAGAAGAAGCAGCCGCCGCCUCCUGCUCCUCCUGAUGAUGAUGAUGAUGUCGGAGUGGUGAAGGUGGUGGCGAUGUAUGACUUCACAGCGAGAGAGAGUUCAGAUCUCACACUGCAUCAUGGAGAGGAGUACACUAUACUACACAAACAAGACCAGCUGUGGUGGAGAGCCAAAGACAGACUCGGGAACAAAGGAUUCAUUCCCAGUAAUUAUGUCACAGAAAUUGGAACAAUGGAGGCCAAUCAGUGGUACUGCAAGAACAUCAACAGAGCAGAAGCAGAACAUUUACUCAGACAAGAGGGUAAGGAUGGAGGGUUUGUGGUGAGAAGUUCCAGUCAACCCGGCAGUUACACUGUAUCAGUUUUUGCACAAAGUUCAGGUAAAGGGGAGGUUAGACAUUACCAGAUAAAGCAGAUAGACGGGGGUCAGUUCUUCUUGGCAGAGCGACAUGUGUUCAACUCAAUACCAGAACUCAUCAACUACCACAAACUUAAUUCAGCAGGGCUGGUGGCACGACUGCGGUAUCCCAUCGGACCCAUUGGCAAAUGUCUUCCAGCCACAGCAGGAUUUAGUUCAGAUAAAUGGGAGAUUAAUCCAUCUGAGCUGACGUUCAUGAAGGAACUGGGCAGCGGGCAGUUUGGAGUGGUCAGACUGGGCAAAUGGAGAGGACAGCAUAAAGUGGCCGUUAAAACCAUCAGAGAAGGAGCCAUGAGUGAAGACGACUUUAUAGAGGAAGCCAAGAUCAUGACACGAUUGUGUCACCCUAAACUAGUGCAGCUGUACGGCGUGUGUGUCACGCAGCGCCCAAUCUGCAUCGUGACUGAGUUCAUGGAGAACGGCUGCUUGCUUGACUUCCUGAGACAGCACAGCAGAUCUCUGACACGCGUCACGCAGCUCUUCAUCUGUCAGGACGUUUGUGAGGGGAUGGAGUACCUGGAACAAAACAAGUUCUUACACAGAGACCUGGCCGCGCGGAACUGUCUGGUGAACGAGAGGAAUGUUGUGAAAGUGUGUGACUUUGGAAUGACCAGAUACGUGAUGGAUAAUCAGUACACCAGCUCUGUGGGCUCCCGGUUUCCUGUCAAAUGGUCUCCACCUGAAGUUCUUCAUUUCAACAAGUUCAGCAGCAAAUCAGACGUCUGGUCAUUUGGUGUGCUGAUGUGGGAAGUGUUCUCAGAGGGAAAGACUCCAUUUGAGAAGCACUCUAAUUUGGAGGUGGUGGAGGAAGUAACUCAGGGUGGCCGUCUGUACAGACCUCACAGAGCAUCCACAAACAUCUACAACAUCAUGUACAGAUGCUGGCAUGAGAGACCUCAUGGACGACCGACUUUCUCUGAGUUACUGCAGAAUAUCAAACACAUUACUGAGGACGAGACGAACAAGACAGACACAUGAACACCACAAACACAGGAAUACCACAGACAAAUGAACACCACAGACUCAAGAACACCACAGACACAAAAAACAACAGACAAAUGAACACCACAGACUCAAGAACACCACAGACACAAAAAAACAAGAGAUACAUAAACACAAUAGACACAUGAACACCACAGAAACAUAAACAACAGACAUAUGAACAUCACAGACUCUUAAACACCACAGACACAUGACAUAUGAACACCACAGACACAUAAACAACAGACAAAUGAACACCACAGGCACUUGAACACAACAGACACAUAAACAACAGACAUAUGAACACCACAGACACAUAAACAACAGACACAUGAACACCACAGACACAUAAACUCAACAGACACAUUAACACCACAGACACAUAAACACCACAGACACAUUACACAUAAACACCAAAAACACAUGACAUGUAAACAUCACAGACACAUGACACAUAAACACCAAAGACGUAUAACCAUUAGAAACAUGUAAACACCACAGUCACAUGACAUGUGAACACCACUGACACAUGACACAUAAACACCAAAGACCCAUGUCACAUGAACACCACAGACACAUGACACAUAAACACCAAAGACGUAUAACCAUUAGAAACAUUUAAAAACCACAGUCACAUGACAUGUGAACACCACAGACACAUAAACUCAACAGACACAUUAACACCACAGACACAUAAACACCACAGACACAUUACACAUAAACACCAAAAACACAUGACAUGUAAACACCACAGACACAUGACACAUAAACACCAAAGACGUAUAACCAUUAGAAACAUGUAAACACCACAGUCACAUGACAUGUGAACACCACUGACACAUGACAUAUAAACACCAAAGACCCAUGUCACAUGAACACCACAGACACAUGACACAUAAACACCAAAGACGUAUAACCAUUAGAAACAUUUAAACACCACAGUCACAUGACAUGUGAACACCACUGACACAUGACACAUAAACACCAAAGACCCAUGUCACAUGAACACCACAGACACAGGACACAAAAACACCACAGACAUAUAACCACUAGAGACACAUAAAUACCACAGACACAUGACACAUGAACACCACAGACACAUAAAAAACAGACAAAUGAACAACACAGACACUUGAACACCACAGACACAUGAACACCAAAGACGUAUAACCAUUAGAAACAUUUAAACACCACAGUCACAUGACAUGUGAACACCACUGACACAUGACACAUAUACACCAAAGACCCAUGUAACAUGAACACCACAGACACAGGACACAAAAUCACCACAGACAUAUAACCACUAGAGACACAUAAACACCACAGACACAUGACACAUAAACACCAAAGACGUAUAACCAUUAGAAACAUGUAAACACCACAGUCACAUGACAUGUGAACACCACUGACACAUAAACACCAAAGACCCAUGUCACAUGAACACCACAGACACAUUACACAUAAACACAAAAGACACAUGACCACUAGAGACACAUGAGCACCACAGACACAUAAACACCACAGACACAUUACAUAUAAACACCAAAGACACAUGUCACAUUAACACCACAGACACAUGACACAUAAACACCAAAGACCCAUGUCACAUUAACACCACAGACACAUAAACACCACAGACACAUGACACAUAAACACCAAAGACACAUGACCACUUGAGACAUUGUGGCAGGGAACUCUACUACAGCGUAUCCCUCCUCCUUCCCGCGUUUCGGCACCAGUGUAAAGGUAUUCAAUGGAAAGGAGGAGGGGAGAACCGGCUUGACGAUAUAAAUAAUAGUUUAAUGGUAAACUUAAAAGACAACAUAAACACACAUGACGGACAUGUCCAUAAACGAUCUCUCUCUCCCGCACGACACCCUGCAGUCGACCUUUAUACCUUGGAGGCUUGAUUAGCCUAAUACGGGACCGGGUGCAUAGGAUCACGACCCGGCCCCGCCCUCCGUCCUGCCACAGACACUUAAACACCACAUAUACAUGACACAUGAACACCACAGAUACAUUCCCACCACAGAUACAUGACACAUAAACACCAAAGACAUAUGACCACUAGAGACAAAUAAACACCACAGACACAUGACACAGAAACACCAAAGACACAUGACCACUAGAGACACUUAAACACCACAUAUACAUGACACAUGAACACCACAGAUAAAUAAACACCACAGACACAUGACACAUAUACACCAAAAACACAUGACACAUGAACACCACAGACACAUAAACAACAGACAAAUGAACAACACAGACACUUGAACACAACAGACACAUGACACAUAUACACCAAAGACUCAUGAAACAUGAACUCCACUGACACAUAAACUCAACAGAAACAUUAACACCACAGACACAUGACACAUAAACACCAAAGACACAUGACCACUAGAGACACUUAAACACCACAUAUACAUGACACAUGAACACCACAGAUAAAUGAACACCACAGACACAUGACACAUAAACACCAAAGACACGUGACCACAGACACAUAAACACCAAAGACACAUGACCACUAGAGACACAUAAACACCACAGACACAUGAACACCACAGACACAUGACACAUAUACACCAAAGACACAUGACCAACAAACACAUAAACACCACAGACACAUUACAUAUAAACACCAAAGACACAUGACACAUGAACACCACAGACACAUGACACAUAUACCCCAAAGACACAUGACCACUAGAGACACAUGAACACCACAGACACAUGACACAUAUACCCCAAAGACACAUGACCACUAGAGACACAUGAACACCACAGACACAGGACACAUAAACACCAAAGACACAUGACCACUAGAGACACAUGAGCAUCACAGACACAGGACACAUAAACACCAAAGACACAUGACCACUAGAGACACAUGACCACUAGAGACACAUGAACAUCACAGACACAGGACACAUGAGCACCACAGACACAGGACACAUGGACACCACAGACACAUGACACAUAUACCCCAAAGACACAUGACCACUAGAGACACAUGAACACCACAGACACAGGACACAUAAACACCACAGACACUUUACAUAUAAACACCAAAGACACAUGACACAUGAACACCACAGACACAUGACACAUAUACCCCAAAGACACAUGACCACUAGAGACACAUGAACACCACAGACACAUGACACAUAUACCCCAAAGACACAUGACCACUAGAGACACAUAAACACCACAGACACAGGACACAUAUACCCCAAAGACACAUGACCACUAGAGACACAUGAACACCACAGACACAUGACACAUAUACCCCAAAGACACAUGACCACUAGAGACACAUGACCACUAGAGACACAUGAACACCACAGACACAUGACACAUAAACACCACAGACACAUAAACACCACAGACACAUGACCACUAGAGACACAUGAACACCACAGACACAUGACACAUAAACACCACAGACACAUGACCACUAGAGACACAUGAACACCACAGACACAUGACCACUAGAGACACAUGAGCACCACAGACACAUAAACACCACAGACACAUGACCACUAGAGACACAUGAACACCAGACACAUAAAUACCACAGAAACAUAAACACCAAAGACACAUGACCACAUGUUCUUGGUCUUGACUUUGUCUCAACCCCUCAAAGUCUUGGUCAUUACAUUCCCUUGCAUCUGUAUAUAACUGAUUUGAAUUUGUACAUUUGGAUAUGUAUAUAUUUUUUGCCUUAUUGUUUUUUCUAUUUAAACUUAUAUUUUCUAUUCUCAUUUUAUCUUUAUUCGAUUUUUUAAUUAUUAACAUUGUCUUAUUGUUGAAUUGUUUGUGCUUUGGAAGCUUCUGUCACCAAGACAAAUUACUUGUAUGUGUAAGAAUACUUGGCAA